UUUUUUUUUCUUCUUUUUCUUCUUUUUUUUUUUUCACUUUCAGAAAACUCACACCAAACUCUCUGAAACUCCGCCUUUUCGCCUUCUCUUUCUCUGUCUCUCUGACGCUUUGUGAAAAUUGGCGUCUUCGUAGCUCUGUUUCCAUUAAUGGCGGAAUCCCGACUUCGAGAUUACUUGGAAGCUUGAAAACCCUCGAAAUGGUGGUGUUUUGAGCUGAGUUUGUAGAAAGAAGCUCCGUCUCUGUUUAAUCUGAGUCGUUCCUUCUAGGGUUUCAGAAUGCUUUUGAAGCUGAAGGAGCUUCUCAUCUGCACGAGUCCCUGCGUUUACGGUUUUGGACGGGAUUUGAAGUUGCAGGAGCUUCUGGAUUUUUCUAGUUUCUAGGUUUUUACCGAGGGGCACCUUGAAUCUGUGUCUGAGAUUCUAGGGUUUUGCAUAGGGUUUAAUAGUUUCAGGAGCACCAGGUUCGAGUUUCUGAGUUUCUAGGGUUUGGGGCAGUCAGUCGAAGUUCGGUUGUUGAUGCUUAAGUCUUUGUUUCUCUGGUUCUUAGGGGAGGAGGUAGUGGCCCUCAAUGGGGAACUGUUGCCGCUCUCCUGCUGCAGCUGCAAGAGAAGACGUGAAAUCAAAUUACUCCGUCCAUGAUCAAAGCAAGAAAGAAGGAAACAGCAACAAAAAGUUAACUGUUCUUAGUGGGAGCAUAAAGGGGGGGGUCGAUGAGAAAUAUGUGGUCGAUAGAGAGUUAGGAAGAGGAGAAUUUGGGGUCACUUAUCUGUGUAUUGAUAGGAGUACUCAGGAGCUUUUGGCCUGUAAAUCUAUAUCAAAGAGGAAGCUUCGAACUACUGUUGAUAUUGAAGAUGUGAGGAGAGAAGUGGCCAUUAUGAACCAUCUCCCCAUCCAUUCCAAUAUUGUAUCUCUAAAGGAGACCUGUGAGGAUGAAAAUGCAGUUCAUUUAGUUAUGGAGCUUUGCGAAGGAGGGGAACUUUUUGAUCGAAUUGUGGCUCGGGGCCAUUACACGGAGAGGGCAGCAGCUGGGGUUACAAAAACAAUUAUGGAAGUUGUUCAGGUUUGUCAUAAGCACGGUGUGAUCCAUAGAGACCUUAAGCCAGAGAACUUUCUAUUUGCAAACAAGAAGGAGAAUUCACCUUUGAAAGCUAUUGAUUUUGGCCUGUCCAUAUUUUUCAAGCCAGGUGAGACGUUUUCUGAAAUUGUUGGUAGCCCAUAUUACAUGGCACCUGAGGUACUUAAGCGGAACUAUGGUCCGGAAAUUGAUAUAUGGAGUGCAGGAGUCAUUCUUUAUAUAUUAUUAUGUGGAGUUCCUCCAUUUUGGGCAGAGUCAGAACAAGGGGUUGCACAGGCCAUUCUUCGUGGGCUUAUAGACUUCAAAAGGGAUCCAUGGCCAAGCAUUUCAGAGAAUGCAAAGAGCCUGGUGCGGCAGAUGUUGGAACCAGAUCCAAAACUUAGGUUGACUGCAAAGCAAGUUCUUGAGCAUCCUUGGCUACAAAAUGCUAAAAAAGCUCCAAAUGUUCCUCUUGGAGAUAUUGUCAAGACAAGGCUUAAGCAGUUUUCAAUGCUCAACAGGUUUAAGAGGAGAGCUUUAAGGGUCAUUGCCGAGCAUCUGUCCAUUGAAGAGGUGGAAGAUAUCAAAGAAAUGUUCAAAAUGAUGGAUACAGACAAUGAUGGCACUGUAACCUAUGAGGAACUAAAAGCAGGAAUUCAAAAGCUAGGGUCCCAGCUUUCGGAGGCUGAUGUGCAGUUGCUUAUGGAAGCUGUAUGUAUAUCUUUUACUCUGUUGAUGCUGAUGGGAAUGGAACACUGGAUUACGGAGAAUUCAUUGCAGUGUCCCUUCAUCUUCAGAGGAUGGCCAAUGACGAGCAUCUUCGCAAGGCAUUCUCUUACUUUGAUAAAGAUGGUAAUGGAUUUAUUGAGCCCGAGGAGCUAAGAGAAGCCCUAGUUGAAGAUGGUAUUACUGAUUCCGUUGAUGUUGCAAAUGAUAUCUUCCUAGAAGUAGAUACUGACAAGGACGGGCGCAUUAGCUAUGAGGAGUUUUUGGCCAUGAUGAAGACUGGCACUGAUUGGAGAAAGGCAUCUCGCCACUACUCAAGAGGGAGGUUUAACAGUCUUAGCAUCAGAUUAAUGAAGGAUGGGUCCUUGAAUGCAGGUAGCAAGAAGUGAGUGAUUAUACGUGAUGAGUUUUGUCGACAUUCAAUCUGGGCCAUACAUAUUGUUUCAGGGUAAGUUAAAUGGUCCUGUGAAUCAAUUAAUGCCUGACAUUGGAACGCUUGCCUAGCCAAGCAGGAAGUUAGUACUCAGUUCUCUACCGCUGGGGACCUCUGUUUGGUGCUUAUCAAUGAUGCAGGGGAUGAAGUGGAACACAUCAUAUGUAUCACUUUUUCUAGACAUGUUAAUUUGGCUUAUAUGAAAUUUGUAUGCAAAAUUAUGUAAAAACAAAAUGGUUAUGUUUUGUGCCACGUUUCUUGAAAGAUGUAGAUUUGAUUGAAAAAAACUGUCUUUUUUGUUUGCUGUAUAAGGUGAAUGUGUUGAUUAUUCCUGCAAAGUUUUGCCA